GAAGUCACCCCAGCAGCCCCUCGCCUUUCGCGCGAGGCCGGGGGGCGGGGCGGGCGCGCGGAGCAUGGGGAGGCCGGAGCUGGCCUUAAGCUGCAGAGCGAGGGGCGGAGGCGGAGAGAGCGGGAAGCCCAGCACGCCCGGCCGGGGAAGGAGUCGCUACUCGCUGGAGCGCUCGCCGAGCUGACGGAGAGCCGGGAUACCCUGGACAGCGCCUCGCCGCGCCGCCGCCGCCUCCUCGCCUUGCCGAGCGCGCCCCGCCGCCUUCCCGCCCAGAGACCCCCUUCGGCGGCGGCAACAUGGAACACCUGAAGGCAUUUGACCAUGAAGUAAAUGAGUUUGUGGACUAUAUGUUUGGAGCUAGAGAUCCCAGGGUCAGAGGAUGGCUCAUGCUGGAUUCUUACUUGCCCACUUUUUCCCUCACUGUUGCGUAUCUUCUCUUCAUAUGGCUGGGUACCACAUUUAUGAAGAACAGGCCUGCUCUAUCACUCAGGGGUCUUCUCAUUGUAUAUAACCUUGGAGUCACCAUGCUUUCGUUUUACAUGCUUAUAGAGCUAAUUCUUGCCACUUGGGAAGGAGGUUAUAACUUACAAUGUCAAAACCUGACCAGUGCAGGAGAAGCCGACAUCCGGGUGGCCAAGGUGUUGUGGUGGUAUUACUUCUCCAAAGUCAUUGAAUUUGCUGACACGAUGUUCUUUGUUCUGCGGAAGAAAAACAGUCAGAUUACUUUCCUUCACGUUUAUCAUCACGCCACUAUGUUUAACAUCUGGUGGUGCGUCAUGAACUGGAUACCUUGCGGACAAAGUUUCUUUGGACCCACCUUGAACAGUUUUAUCCACGUCCUCAUGUACUCCUACUAUGGACUGUCCGUCAUUCCAUCCAUGCGCAAGUAUCUGUGGUGGAAGAAAUACCUCACUCAGGCACAACUGAUCCAGUUUUUGCUCACCAUUACACACACGCUCAGUGCAGUUGUGAAGCCAUGUGGAUUUCCAUUUGGUUGCCUCAUCUUCCAGUCUUCAUACAUGGCCACACUGGUCAUUCUGUUUGUUAACUUCUAUGUUCAGACAUAUCGGAAAAGACCUUCAAGAACCAAUACAAAAGAGGCCUCUCUAGUAACAGAAGUCAAGAACGGGUUCCAUAAAGACUACAUAAUGGCAUCUAAUGGUGCUCUGAACAAAAAAGCACAAUAAUAUAUUUUAUUAUACUGUAGUGUACAAAAUCCUUCCUCUUCUUUUUUUUUUUUUGCUAAGGCCCCCCCAAAACACGAGUUGACCAGGCAGUUGUGCACAGCUGUAGUACAAGAUUCGACUCUGUUUUGUUAACGUUUAGCAAUUUUUACUCCCUUGUUUAACUCACGAUUGAUGACUUGUUUUUAACAACGUAGUUUCAAGUGUUUUGAUAAAUACCUCCAUCGAAACGGUGAGGACAUGCUGUCUCUUUCACCCAGCCAAAACAAAGCCACAUUUUGUAAAUUUUAAUCGUGGGCAGAAUGCCUGACAAGAGUUGUUCCUUGGGAUAAUGAAGGUAUGGGGUGGUGGUGCUUUGAACAAAAUCCUACCUAUUGAAACCAGCGGCAGGUUCACAGGUAUUAGUUGUGCAGACAUACAGUAUAUAAUCUCUGUCUUAGGAAGAAGUGUGUGUUUUAGUAUGGUUGCAUGGUGACACUAACUUUGUUCCCCCCUUGGAUUCCAGGAAAAAAAGUGACUUGUAUACUAAAAAUCUUUGUUAAUAUCUUCAUGGGGAUAAAGAGAGGUAAGAGGAUUGCUCUUACUCCACGUUCUGGCAAGAGGCAGUGUAAGGUGCUCCAGAAUUUCCUCCAACUUCACGUGCCAACUAAGAACACCUGAACUGCAUUGUCCACCCUGAAACCAUCCAAACGCUGGUGUACCUGCUGCCACCCUUUAAAAAUGUGCUGCAACAGGUAUACCAGCUGCAGAUCACCUUGCAGAAAAUGUGUUGGGGCAUAACCCGUUAUGCUAAGCAGCGAUCGGUCAUCUGACAGAGCCGACUGCAACCUUGCUAUUGUCUUUUUUACCCUUCACAAUGCUUCCUUGGCUCACCAAGAAAGGUAUGGUUUAUAUCCAACCCCCUGGUUUUAAAUCUGUGUGACUGCAGAAUACAAGUUCACUAGAUGCACCAUAAUAGUCUUCCUAUGAAGCAUUGUGGAAACCAGGAAGAGGGGCUUGCUUACAGGCAGGCAUCACCAAUACUGGAGCAUGAAAGUGCACAGCUGAUAAGACUUAAGGCAACCCUAUACAGGUUUGCUGAGAAAUAAAUCCUACCCAUUUCAAUGGGACUUAGUGUCCAUUGUGUGGGAUUGCAGCCUCAGAGUUUUAGCAUUAAAAUAUGAUAAGUCAGAUCACUUGCACCACCAGCAGCCCCCGUUUUGAAAGCUGAACCCCUACUUCAUGAGCUUUGCGCCUUCUUAAUUUCUUGCUGUGGGUCCAUAAGCCCAUAUGCUUGAGCCACCUUCUCCGACAUUUAAGUGCUUCUCUCUCUACUCUAUUCUAGCAGCCACCAUACCUGUUUAGGUGUGUUCUGUUACCAGCAGAUUAAGCCUGUUCACCACUCGGAUGCUAUGGCCUACGGUUACAGUGGUAAGAAGCUAGAUUCUGCCACACAUUCGUAAGUGUCAUCAAAGCAUACAGUCCCCUUUCAAACAGUUUUAUCUUGUGGGACACUUAACAUUUGCUGCUGAUGGACAUUGGUAGUGACAGAGCUUGGUUUAAUGCAGCUUUUAUUCCUAGUAUGAACCUAAGAAAUUCAGGCUACCAAGCAGCUGCUUGAUUCUGUACUAUGACAAAACAUCAGCAGCAGGAAGCAGCUCUGCAGCUAAGACCGCUCAGCCUUGCUGAGAAAAACACUUACCAUUCCACACAUCCAUUAUUUAAUUCCCAUGUUGGCCACCCCUCUCCCAGUUGGUGCAAACAAGGCCAGCCACCUUAGACAAUUUGGUACCCUAACUUUGUAUGACUGAUGGCUCCAAAUGUAAUCGGCACACAUUAAAACCUGGAGGAUGAGGAGGCAGAAGCGUUGGGGAAAGGAAAAAAUAGUUGUGUCUGGAGUCCAGGUGCAGGAGACAACAGAAUCCUAAAAGCUCAGCGUUAGCACAAGGACUAUGACCCUGAGCAUGUUUAUUUGCAAAUGAUUCUCACUUAAAUCAGUAGGACUUACUCUGGGGAGAAAAAAGCUUUGCUAGAAAACUGGGGGGGGGGGAGCAAAUAUAUGCACCAUGCCUUUAUGAAGGUGAACUGUUGCCACUGAUGGGUAAAAACAGUAAGAAAAUAAGAUUCAUCAAAGCACCCUAAGCAUUUGAUUCUUAGAAACUAUCAACCUUUAGGAAUUCAAGUGGAAGCCAGGAAGCAAUGACACUUUUCCCCUCUAGAGGGUAGUACACACAGCACUACAUGAAACCAAAUGACCACUUGAGUGUGGCCAGAAAGAUCCUUGAAGUGACUAAUUCUUUGCCUCUGUUUUACUCAAAUAAAAUCCACUUGAAUUUAGAGUUCUGGCAUAGAAAUUCUCACCAGCAUUCCAUAAUGCCUGAAGCAACCCCCACCUGUGUGAGGAGCUCCCAUGUUCAGCAACCUACAGAUAUGUAGCCUGCUGAAGCCGUGAUGGGUGCUUGAUUCCUUCGUCUCCGGGAGACAUGGUUCCACUUGACUUCCAACACUUGAUGACUGCUGAAAACAACUCUUGGAACAAACAGGUGUUUGAAUUUUAACCUGAGACAGACACACUUUUAAUCCAAACACAGCCUGAAAACCUUUGCAUCGGGGAUGUGAAAUUCAUCCAAAAAUGACAAGCCAUUCCGAGGAGCUCUCAGAUCUCCUGGUAUUUGUUAGUUCAGGUAUGAAAGUUUACUGUGCAGCGAACAUUCACAGCAGGGGUGGCUAACCAUUGCUGGUGUUGCUGAAGCCCCAACUCCCAUCCAACUUGGCCAGGCUGGCAGGCACUGGAGGCUGUGGGGAGUGUUAGCAACUGCACACCUCACCCCUGGGUUUAAAGGGUUUUUGUUCCAUUUUUAAGGAUGUGCUGGGGGGGGGGCAGGGAAGGGGAGGAACAUUGCCUUACUCAAUCUUUCAAAGGGCUGAAAAAUACACUGUAGAUUUAAAACCACUUGAUAAAAUCGUAAUCAGGUACAUGUCUGAAUACGCAAAAACUAGUAACAUGCUGCUAUUCUGAACAACCAUCAGGAUAACAACUUCUGAAAUUAUUUUCCUGUAUCAGUGUUUGCCGUUGAAAAUAAAACACGUUUUACAGUCAA